CUCUUCCGUUCGGUAUUUGGGUUAAUUUAUGCCAUUUCUGUGUGUCCCAUGAAUUUCCAUGGCGCCAAGUGCUUGAGUUAACACCGAAAGGAUGACAUCUUCCUUUCUCACAGCUUCACCUGCAUCACCGCCGCCAAUUUUCACCACCAACUGUUCCUCUGUCUUGCGAUCUUCUUGUUCCACCGCCAGAACCUCUGAUCGUUUCCAACAGGUAGAAAGUUUUGCCUUGCUAAUUGAUAAAUCGAAAUCCGUCGACCGCCUGCUUCAAAUCCACGCUUCUGUUCUCCGCCACGGACUUUACCACAACCCCAUCUUAAAUUUCAAGCUCCAACGCUCGUACGCCGCUCUCGGACGCCUUGAUUACUCGGUAGCCGUUUUUAACACCUCCGAUGAACCCAAUGUCUUUUCGUUUAGUGCAAUUAUUCAUAGCCACGUACAAUGUGGAUUAUUUGACCGAGCUCUCAAUUAUUAUUUGAAAAUGCUAAACGGUGGUGUGGAGCCCAAUGUUUUCACCUUCUCCUCGGUCUUGAAAUCCUGCUCGCUCGAACUCGGAAAGGUCCUCCAUUGCCAAGCAAUAAAGUUCGGGUUCGAUUCUGAUUUGUAUGUCAGGACGGGACUGGUCGAUGUAUACGCGAGGGGGGGCGAUGUCGUGUGCGCCCGCCAGCUGUUUGAUAAAAUGUCUGAGAGAAGCUUGGUUUCUCUAACGGCCAUGCUUACUUGCUACGUGAAGCUGGGGGAGCUUGGCGAGGCACGGGCCUUGUUUGACGGGAUGAAAGAGAGGGAUGUGGUUUGUUGGAAUGUGAUGAUUGGUGGGUACGCGCAGAAUGGUGUUCCCAAUGAGUCAUUGAAGCUUUUCAGGCGAAUGUUGAUGGCGAAAGUCAUGCCCAAUGAAGUAACAGUUCUGGCUGUUCUUUCGGCUUGUGGGCAGCUUGGGGCCCUCGAAUCUGGAAGGUGGGUUCAUUCGUAUAUUGAGAAUAAGGGCAUUCAGAUGAAUGUUCAUGUGGGCACCGCACUGGUUGAUAUGUAUAGCAAAUGUGGUAGUUUGGAAGAUGCACGGUUGGUAUUUGAUCAGAUUCGGGAUAAGGAUGUGGUCGCUUGGAAUUCGAUGAUUGUUGGUUAUGCCAUGCACGGAUUCAGCCAACAUGCAUUAAAGUUGUUCGAGGAAAUGUCUGAGAUCGGAUACCAGCCAACUGAUAUCACUUUCAUCGGCAUUUUGAGUGCCUGCAGCCAUGGCGGCUUGGUGGAGGAGGGAAGGAGUUACUUCAGAUUGAUGAGAGAUAAAUACCGAAUUGAACCUAAGGUCGAGCACUAUGGAUGUAUAGUUAAUCUUCUAGGACGUGCGGGACAUCUUGAAGAAGCAUAUGAACUCGUGAAAAACAUGAGAGUUGCAGCUGACCCUGUUAUCUGGGGAACAUUGCUCGGGUCUUGUAGACUUCAUGGUGACAUAAAAUUGGGAGAGGAAAUUGCAGAGUUUCUUGUUGACCAGAAGCUUGCAAAUUCAGGGACGUAUGUUCUUCUUUCCAAUAUAUAUGCUGCAACAGGCAAUUGGGAAGGGGUUUCGAAGAUGAGGACGUUGAUGAAAGAGCAUGGCAUUGAAAAGGAGCCUGGUUGCAGCUCAAUUGAAGUUAACAACAAGGUGCAUGAGUUCCUUGCUGGGGAGAGGAAACAUCCCAAAAGCAAAGAAAUAUAUGUGAUGUUGAAUGAGAUAAAUAGCUGGCUCAAAGCUCACAGAUACACGCCACAGACCGAUGUCGUUUUACAUGAUCUCGGGGAGGAACAAAAGGAACGAUCACUCGAAGUUCAUAGUGAGAAGCUUGCUGUUGCCUUUGGGCUUAUCAGUACUCAACCAGGCACCACCAUCAAGAUUGUGAAGAACCUCCGAGUUUGUUCAGAUUGCCAUGCUGUAAUGAAGUUGAUAUCAAAAAUCACUGGACGUAAGAUUGUAAUGAGGGACCGGAAUCGGUUCCAUCACUUCGAAGAUGGAUUAUGUUCUUGUGGAGGUUACUGGUGAAAGGAGAUGAUUUGUGAACAGUGCUAUAAUCCACCAGGAUUUUGUGACAAAUUAUUAGCGUUAAUGUAAGAUGUGCUUAUCAAAUAUCAUAAACUGAAAUUCUCCCAGAAUUUGGGAUUUGAA